UUGUCUUCUAUAUAUUCUUCACUCAUUUCCCGAUUCUACAGUCUCUCUUCCCUUUUCUCUCUCAAAAAAGAGUUUUUUUCCUUUUUUGUUUUGGUGUAAAAGAAGAAAGAAGAAGUAAAUUGAAGAGAAAAAGGUGGAUAAAUUAAUGGAAUAAUAAUUCUUUGUUUUUUUUGGGUAUUGAAUGGUCGUGAUAGUGUAGUUUUUAUAUUUCUUGGGAAAGAAGAGUGGCAGAAAAUGGAUUUUCAGUUGGUUUUACCGAUUGUUUUUUGGAUGAUUAUGGUUAGAUAGAAAUAAAUGGUGCUUCGUGUAAGACAUGGAGGAAUAUUCUGUUAAAAGAGCUGGCAAUGGGCUUGUCGCCCCCAGAAGAGGUUUAAGGGAAACGGCUGAAAGCAAAGAUAAAAAUGUUCAGUAUUGUUCUAGACUUGGAUGUAGUGGCCGAGUCAAUUAUGCGAAGAGUACCAGAGUUGGAGGAAUGGAGAAACCCAGACCUCUGAGGCCUGCUUUUGGUUCUUCAAAUGGAAAGGAAGUAAUUGGGAGUUCAUCUGUGACAUCUUCUGGAAUGACUAGUGCAAGAAGGUCAGGCAAGGAAUCUCAGAGAAAAUACUUUUCUAACGUUGAAAAUAAGCCAUCAGAUACCCGUUCCUUAAAUGAAGAGCCAGAAGUUUUAAAACAGUUGCAGUCAUCGACUGAGCAUCAAUUCCAUACUGGAUCCAGCAAAGUUUUAUUUGCAGAAGUUGGCUGUUCUAGUGGAACACCGAGCAAUAGACCUCAAAAAAUAUUUGGUCAGGGACCUGGUUCUUCCAGCCAAAAGAGUCCAGUGGAUUCCUCGGUUUCGUCAUCAUCUAAAUGUAUUAGUGCUGGGACAAGGGGAAGUAGUAGUGGGGAGGGAUAUAGGUUGAAAAAUCUGAAGUGCAAUUCCGUAUCGGAUGCCCUCUCAUAUAGUUAUUCACCAUCAGAAUCAAGUAUUAGUAGAAGGGACACAGUGAAAAGGAGAAAUACUGAAGGUGAAAGCAGUUCAUCAUCUAAAGGGAAGAAAAUGAGCGGGGUAUCACGAAAUGAAGGACGUGUCAUUCGUCCCGCUAUUGGAAUCUCCAUCUCUGAUUCAAGGAGUAGUAGAAGUUCGGAUUGCAAUGAGGGGAAUCGUGCUGUAUCAGUUAGGACCCACAGGUCUAUGAAUGCGAGUACUAGGUUAAGGGGUCCGAUUCAGGAUUCAUUGCAUACUAAGUCGUCUUCUGGCUUAAGCCGAAAUUUACCUCAGCCUAAAACUCCAAUUCUAGAUAUACCUAGUUCAUCUAGUCAACUUUUCACGGAUUCCUCAUCAAGUGAUUAUAGUGCUUAUAGUUUACCUGGAAAUGAUGACGAAGAUGAUGAAGAUGAAGACGAAGGUGAUGAUUUACCUGGUGCAGUACCAUUCACUUCAGCAGAAAUCGACAUUAAUCGAUUUGUGAACCGUGAAGGUUUUCAGCGAUAUAACAUGGAUGGAGUUGCUCAGGUAUUGCUAGCACUUGAGAGAAUUGAACAAGAUGAAGAGUUAUCUUAUGAGCGACUACUAGCGUUGGAGACCAAUUUGUUCCUCAGUGGCCUUAACUUCUAUGAUCAGCAUAGAGACAUGAGACUAGAUAUCGAUGAUAUGUCCUAUGAGGAAUUAUUAGCACUUGAGGAGAGGAUUGGCUCUGUUAGUACAGCUCUGCCCGAGGAAGCACUAUCAAAGUGCCUCAGGAGAAGCAUUUAUCAAGGUAUGGCUUCAGAGACAGAAACACUAGAAGCUGACGGGGAUGGAGAUGACGUCAAGUGCAGCAUUUGUCAGGAGGAGUACGUGAUUGGAGAUGAAAUAGGGAACCUGGGAUGUGAGCACGGGUAUCAUACCGAGUGCAUAAAGCAGUGGUUUAAGCUCAAGAACUGGUGCCCUAUCUGUAAGGUUGCAGCAGAAUCACCGAAAACGCUAUCUUAGUUUUUGAAAUCUUUAAGAAUACUUUAACCCCAGAUGUGGGAAGCUGUAACAGUUUCCCUUGUGUACAAAUUCAUCUAGGGCUGGUUUUUGUGGAUUUCUUCAAUUCAUUUUUCUUGUACUUAAUUUGCUCUUGCCAUAUGAACCAAUAAGCCCAGGCCUUUUUUCUGGCUUUGUGGUGGUGAAUGCUAUCAUAUUCAUUUCCUUCAA